GCGUCUAACUGCUUUCUAUUUUCCCACCAGGUUCCCCGAAGUCUUUGAGCCGUAAGAGCUACAAGUACUUCUGUCAUCAAGGGGAUGUAACGCCACAGUCAAGUUUUCACUUAAUCCUCUCACAGGUAAACGGUGGGACAUUUUGCUGGAGGAAUUUUGCACUCAAAGAGUUUUUAAACAGAAUGUGAAUAAGGUAUCACUGGUAGAGCUUGCUAGAGAAUGAAGCACCUGGAAUUGGUCUCUGCCUUUUUUGUUGGAACAAUGGCAGCAUUAAAUCGUAGACUCAGGUUUUUUUUCCACUAACCUGGAAGGAGGGCAACAUGGCAAAGCCCUUCUACAGGCUUCAGCACUUCUUGCGACGGACUCAGCUGCUCUUCUUGUUCCUCGGUGUCGCAUAUAUUAUGGCUGGAAGUGUCCUUCUUCUGCAGAGACAUGGAUUGGUGGUGUCACAGCGUGGGACGAGCAGUUACUUUCCAUUGCCGUCUUUGCCAUCUCCUCCCAGGGCCCUGGAGGCACCUGCCUUCAAGACAAGUUAUGGAAUAAUGGGCGCUCGGGUCACCAGAAAGGGGGUGGGAUACCAAACCAUUUUAUCCGAAGACAAUGCUGGACCACAAUGGCUGAUCUCACGAAACCAGGAGAUCCGAUAUCUGAGACGCCGCUGGUUCCACAGCCUUAUGUCCGAACAGGAAGCAUCCAGAGUGGAGAAAGUUCUUCCGAAAAGAAAAAUCCGACACAAAGGCACAUACAUCGGCUGCUUUCUGGAUGACGCCAAAGACCGGACGCUAAAAGGGAUGGUGUUUUAUGACUUCCGGAAAAUGACCAGCACCUUGUGUCAGGACACCUGCAUGGAAAG